AUGGCAGCUAAUUAUAAUAGAACUGCAGUUCCUAUGCGUAAUCCAGAAGAAAGAAUUAAUGAUUGGAAAGAAGUAGUUGUUGGAUAUACUAAAGAAGAUACUAAAACAGAAGCAUCAAGAUGUCUUGGAUGUAAGAAACCAGGAUGUGUACCAACAUGUCCAGCACAUAUUGAUAUUCCAGGAUUUAUUUCAGAAUUAAAAAAAGAAAAAUAUACAGAAGCAGUUAGUAUUAUUCUUAAAAGAUUACCAUUUCCAAAUAUUUGUGGAAGAGUUUGUCCACAUUAUUGUCAAAGUAAAUGUGUUAAAGCAAGAAGAGGUGGAGAACUUGAGAUUAUGGAAUUAAAAAGAUCAGCAAUUACAUAUUCAACAGAAGAAGAUAUUAAAAUAGAUAUUGGAGCAGAUACAGGUAAAAAAGUUGCAGUUGUUGGAUCAGGACCAGCUGGAUUAGCUGCAGCAUAUUUUUUAAGAUUAAAAGGACAUAAAGUUGUUGUUUAUGAACAAAAACAUAAAUUAGGAGGAAUGAUGAUUUUAUGUAUUCCACCAUAUAGACUUCCAAGAGAUAAAUUAGAUGAAGAUAUUGAUAGAAUUAAAAGAUUAGGGAUUGAAUUUAGAACAAAUGCUAAAGUUGAUGAUAUUACAACAUUAAAGAAAGAAUAUGAUGCAGUAUUUGUAGGAAUUGGAACAUUAAAAAGAAAAGUACUUGGUAUUCCAGGAGAAGAUCUUAUUGGUGUAGAACAUGUUAUUCCAUAUCUUGAAUCAAUUAAUACAUUUGCUAGAAAAACAAUUGGAAAGAAAGUUGCAGUAGUUGGAGCAGGAUUUUCUGCUAUGGAUGCUGUUAGAGUUGCAAGAAGACUUGGAAGUGAAGCAUUUAUUGUUUAUAGAAGAUCAGAAAAUGAAAUGCCAGCUGCACCAUCAGAAGUAGAAGAAGCAAAAGAAGAAGGAGUUACUAUGAUGACAUUAUGUAAUCCAACUAAAAUUAUUGGAGAUGAAAAUGGAAAAGUUAAAGGAAUUGAAUGUAUUAAAAUGAAAUUAGGAGAACCUGAUGCAUCUGGAAGAGCUGCACCAGUUCCAAUUCCAGGUAGUGAAUUUAUUAUUGAUUGUGAUAUGGUUAUUCAAGCUAUUUCACAAGGAGUUGAAACUGAAUGUUGUAAAGAUGUAGAAUUAUCUAAAUGGCAAACUCUUCAAGUUAAUGAUAAAUUCCAAACAAAUGUUGAAGGUAUUUAUGCAUCAGGAGAUUGUGUUACUGGACCAAAAUCAAUUGUUCAUGCUGUUGGUGAUACUUAUAUUGCUGUAGAAGCUAUGCAUGAAUAUUUAAUGAGUAAAAAAAAUGAAGAAUAA